CAGCUGUUUAUGAUUCAGUGGCAGCAUCUGUUUGAGGCGCCGUCUUUUGAUAAAUCCUGAACAAGACAGGACAGCCUGAGAUCAGUGUCUGCUUGGGUCUGGCCGUUAACAGCGGAGGUCCACGCGUGACACUUCAACUUCACUUCUCUCCUUCCUCUCCCCUCCAUGUCAGCAGGUUUGGCAGGGACGGCGGGUUGCAUAUCCUGUGUGUUUUUUCUCUGGAUCUGCUGUCACCACUCAAAUAAUGACUGGGAACCAUGGAGCCGCCCCUGGGGCACAAGGCACUCCUGUUGCUCCAACUCAAAUGCCAAAUGCAACAACCACCCAAGACCAUGGGCAGCCCCAAAUUCCCAACAAAUUCAUGAGUGAACUGCACAGAGCCAACAUGCCAUCAUGGGCUGUUGCUGCCCUCUGCAUGGUGAGCUUGUGUUUGGUGCUUUCCUUUACUGUGUGUGUGUGGAAAAAGUUCCUGAAAAAGAAGGACAAGGACAAGGACAAAGAAAAGGACAAGAAAAAGGGAAAAGAGAAAAGCCAGGGGGACUUUGACACUGAAAUGAAUGGAGGCUACAUCAAGCCAAUGAAAGAUGAAGGUAAAAAAGAAACAGAGCUGUCAGAUAAUGAGCCCAAGGAGGAGGAGAAGCUUGGAAGGCUACAUUUCACAUUAGACUACAACUUCACCGAUAAUACGCUGGUAGUAGGCAUCUUGCAGGCUGCUGAACUUCCUGCAAUGGAUGUUGGAGGUAGCUCUGACCCUUACGUCAAACUCUAUCUGCUCCCGGACAAGAAGAAAAAGUUUGAAACCAAAGUUCACAGGAAGACCCUUGAACCCUCCUUCAAUGAGACUUUUACAUUCAAGGUUCCGUACACUGAGCUGGGCGGUAAAACACUAGUGAUGACCGUGUACGACUUUGACCGCUUCUCAAAACACGAUGCUAUAGGAGCUAUAAAGAUCCCGAUGAGCAGUGUGGACUUCAGCCAGUCUCUGAAGGAGUGGAGAGAUCUGCAGAAGGCAGAGAAGGAGGAGAGUGAGCGGCUUGGAGAUGUGUGUUUGUCCUUGAGGUACGUGCCAACUGCAGGGAAGCUGACAGUGGUAAUCUUGGAGGCCAAAAACCUGAAGAAAAUGGAUGUGGGGGGUUUAUCAGACCCUUAUGUGAAGAUACACUUGAUGCAGAAUGGGAAAAGACUCAAGAAAAAGAAAACAACGAUAAAGAAAAACACUUUAAACCCUUACUACAAUGAGUCCUUCAGCUUUGAAGUGCCCAGUGAACAGAUAGAGAAGGUGCAGAUAGCAGUGACUGUGCUGGACUAUGAUAAGAUUGGGAAGAAUGAUGCCAUCGGGAAGGUACUGUUGGGAGGCAACAGCACUGGAAAAGAGCAAUGCCACUGGUCAGACAUGUUGGCUAACCCCAGGAGGCCAAUAGCUCAGUGGCAUAGCAUCCAACCAGAGGAUGAAGUCAAUGCACUUCUUUCCAACAAGAAAUAAAACUGUGGCGAUCAGAGGACGAAACCUAUGCAUUUACUUCUACUCCCAGUUGAUGUUCCUAUCUCCCUCUUAUUCCCCUGAAACUUCUUAAAGCUAUUUAAAUAAGUCCACACAAAAAUAAUCUUUUUAACCUUUAACUAUAUCAAAGUGUCUCUUGUGGACUCUAAGCUAACUUCUCUCACCUGCUUCUACCUAUUGACUGUACAUUAAUUUAGAUGACACACCUACAUCUCCUCCCAUUGUUGAAAAGGGAAGCCAAAAUACUGCCUCAAAGUGCGCUGACAUGAGCAGAAGUUAUCUGGCUGGUAGUGCU